AUGUGGAAAUUUUUUGUUGUUGGUUUGCUUUCUUUAAGCAUAGCUUUACGCAUAAGUCGCGCAGCAAUUGUUGAGGAUUCGAAACAUUUUCAACAAUUUAAGCUAGUUUAUAAUAAACACUACGAAUCGGAUACCGAAGAGCUUAAACGUGAGCGUAUAUUUCUGAAACAUUUCGCAUUUAUCGAGGAACAUAAUCAGAACUUUACGAAAGGACUAACCAGCUUUGAGCUGGGAAUAAAUGAGUAUGCGGAUGUCAGUGAGGAGGAGUUUGCGAGCGCUAUGAGUGGCAGCGAUGAGAUUUAUGAUGUACCAAGUGUAUUGAAGCAAGGCGCCACCUUUAUAACACCAGCAAAUGUCGAAUUGCCCGAUUCGGUGGAUUGGCGUGAAUUGGGCGCGGUCACUGAGGUCAAGAAGCAAGGUCGUUGUGGUUCCUGUUGGGCUUUUGCCACCACUGGCGCGCUGGAGGGUCAACACUUUCGAAAAACUUCGAAACUUGUAUCGCUCUCGGAGCAGAAUCUGUUAGACUGUACCAUCACAUAUGGAAAUAAGGGCUGUAAUGGUGGCAAUAAAGAGCGCAGUUUCCUCUAUAUACGCGACAAUGGUGGCAUCAACGCGGCCGCUGCGUAUCCUUAUCGCGCUCAAUUGGACGCGGAGUGUUUGUUCGACGCGUCCGCGAUUGCGGCGAAGAGCAAAGGUUUUGUCAAAAUUACACCCGACGACGAAGAUGCUCUAAAGGCUGCUGUGGCCACAGUGGGACCAAUUGCUGUUAAAGUCAAUGCAAAAUGCUUUCGCAAACAAUUCUAUAGACAAGGCGUAUUCAACGACGAGCUCUGUGAGGAGCGUAAACCCAAUCAUGCUAUGCUAUUGGUAGGCUAUGGUCGAGAUAACACUACGAAUAUGGACUAUUGGAUAUUGAAGAACUCUUGGGGCGUCAGUUGGGGCAUGGAUGGUUAUAUAAAUGUGCCACGACAUGUCAACUUUGGCGGUAUUGCAAUGCGUCCUAGUUAUCCGUUGGUUUGA